GCGAAACUGCAAGCUGUUAUAGUUUUGUUGUGAACGUGCAUAUCAGACAAACUUUAUUAAAAAAAAUUAGGUUACAAGAAAUGCUCAAUUUUAUGAAAUGACAUUUUCAGGUAUAAUUUAUAAGACUAAUAUAAAGUGUAGCUUAUUUGAUAUUAAAAUAUCAUGUGGAAAAUCUAAAUUUAGUAAAAUAAACUGUAUAAAACUAGAGUGUUCGUUUAUGUUAAUAUUUAACAAAAUAGGCGGAUUUUAAUAUUUAUUUAAAAUCGGUAAUUUUGGACAAAAACGAGAAAAAUGGAAAGCAAAGGUUUGAACUGUUGCAAGUAUUUGAUGUUUCUAUUCAACUUACUAAUAUUCUUGUGCGGGUGCGUUCUUCUUGGUCUGAGUGUAUGGGCGUACGUGAAUGCUGACUCUUUCAAAAAGAUCAUAUCCUCCGACCCAGUUAUAUUCAACUCUCUCAUUGUUCUUAUUGCCGUUGGAGCAGUGCUGAUUGUAGCUGGUUUCUUCGGUUGUCUUGGAGCAAUACAAGAAAGCAAAUGCCUUUUGGGAACGUUUUUUACCAUCGUGUUGGUCAUAUUCAUUGCCGAAAUAGUAGGAGCCAUCUUAAUCUAUGUGUAUUACCCGAAAGCAAAAGACCUUGCAUUACAAAGCAUGCAAAAUUACAACACAACAACAAAGCAACCAUGGGACAUCCUACAAACAACAUUUAAAUGCUGCGGCUUUACCAACUACAGCGACUGGGGUUCUACCAUACCAAGUACAUGCUGUAGUGAUGCAGCGUCUCCAUGUUCACCAUCAAUGACAACGUUUUAUCCGCUUGGCUGUGAAGCUGCGAUUCGUAAAUACUUCUGGAUAAUUGGGGGAAUCGGUAUCGGCAUUAUCGUAUUCGAGAUAUUGGCGAUGAUUUUCGCAUGCUGCCUCUUUCAAAACAUUGGAGAUUAUGAAAUGGCUUAAGCAAAUUGUUAAAAAACAUCAUAAUUUGGUACUUUUACCAUUUAGGCCUAAAUGCCUUUGAACAUAGUCACUUUUAUCAGCAGUAUCCAUUCUUGUUUAUUGCCUAUAAGUAUAGAACGUUAUGUCUAAACGAAUUAAAACACCCGUUUCUCGUUUAUAAUGUCAAUUUUCCUUUCCCAUUACCGUAUAUACACACAUUAUAAUAGGCCUGUUAAAUUUUUCGUGUUUGCUAAAUAAUGCAGCUUUUAAAUUUUUUGUUCAAACUAAUUUAUAGGUUUAAGCCGAAUCUUGUUGCACUAAGUUAGUUUGACUAUACAUUAUUUUAACUUUCAAAAUGGAGUUUACAGGUAUAAAAAUUGGUCUGAAUUAAUUUAAGUAAACACCAGUAAAUCAAAAUGAGGCUGCAAAAGUUAAAUGUAACAAUUUUAGCUUAUAUCAUUUAUAUUUUUUGGCCCAAACUUUACAACAGCCCUUAAAGCCUUAAUAUGUGUUCACAUCACAGUUUCAAACACUUUAUAUUUUGCAUCUAAUAAUCAAGGUUUACCAAAUUGCAAUCAUGAGUUAGUUCAAUCGUGCAAUAAUAAAACUUAUGUACAAAUUCG